AUGGGUCAUGCCGCCAGCGUUCACUUUCCAGGUCUCGAAAGUCAGGACCAACAACGCUCUCUAAAAGCCUUGAUGGACUCGAUCUCACAGAAAGACAAGAUGCUGCCCAACAAGACGGUGCUUCAGAUCGACCAAACCAAUUCCGGUGUCAGUGCGAAUUGUGAAGGCGGCUACUCCUACAAUGGUGAUGUUUCGUUGGCUGCGAUGGUGUCGACAGCAAGGCGUCGACUCGUAGUAGGAUGUGCCGUCUUUCUAGUGAGAAGGAUUGUGGACGACUUUCGAGUGAUGAAGAAGACAAGUAUGUGCGCAAACCUGCGUGAAAGAACUGGGGUUAAUGGUUUUCCUCCAGCAAUGCAUGCUGAAUUCAACUGUCUCUUCGGCAUAUCUGACCCCGUAGACGGUCUCAUCGAAGGAACCGUCGACACCCUCUUCGAUAAGGGAAAACCCAUGCUCGUGACCACUGAUAACCAUAGACGGGGAUUUUAG